CGUCGUCACUCUCGUUCUAGUCACUUCGUAGUUGUCAGUGUUGUCCGUGUUGUCGAGAAGGAACCUGAAGAAAGCGUAAACUCACGAAAGUUCUUUGUGAAAAUAUUCGGUGCUUGCGAAUAUUAUUCUCAUUUUUAGGACAAAAUGGGACAAAACCAAUCAGCCGGAGGUGGCGGUGAUAAGAAGGAUGAUAAAGACAAAAAGAAGAAGUACGAGCCUCCGAUUCCGACGCGCGUUGGAAAGAAAAAGCGUAAGAACAAGGGUCCAGACGCUGCAAUGAAAUUACCGUUGGUCACUCCGCACACCCGAUGUCGGCUAAAGUUGUUGAAGCUGGAACGGAUCAAGGAUUAUCUUUUGAUGGAGGAAGAGUUCAUUCGGAACCAGGAACGCCUGAAACCCCAGGAUGAGAAGAAUGAAGAGGAACGUUCCAAGGUUGACGAUCUACGUGGAACGCCUAUGUCGGUGGGUAAUUUGGAGGAGAUUAUCGACGACAAUCACGCAAUUGUGUCCACUUCUGUUGGAAGUGAGCACUACGUAAGCAUUCUGUCGUUUGUUGAUAAGGAUCAGUUGGAGCCAGGAUGUUCGGUUUUAUUGAACCAUAAGGUCCAUGCCGUGGUUGGAGUACUGGGAGAUGAUACCGAUCCGAUGGUCACCGUCAUGAAGUUGGAGAAAGCACCCCAAGAGACGUAUGCCGAUAUCGGUGGUUUAGAUACUCAGAUUCAAGAAAUUAAAGAAUCUGUUGAGUUGCCUUUAACGCAUCCGGAAUACUAUGAGGAGAUGGGUAUAAAACCUCCAAAAGGAGUCAUUCUAUAUGGUCCUCCCGGAACCGGCAAAACGUUACUUGCUAAGGCCGUGGCCAAUCAAACAUCCGCCACAUUUUUGCGAGUGGUAGGAUCGGAACUGAUCCAGAAGUAUUUAGGAGACGGACCUAAAUUGGUACGAGAGCUUUUCCGUGUCGCCGAGGAACAUGCUCCAUCAAUUGUCUUCAUUGACGAAAUAGAUGCGGUUGGUACCAAGCGUUAUGAUUCCAAUUCCGGAGGAGAACGCGAAAUUCAGAGAACUAUGUUAGAACUGUUGAACCAAUUGGAUGGUUUCGAUUCCCGUGGCGACGUGAAAGUAAUUAUGGCAACUAAUCGUAUUGAAACACUCGAUCCAGCGUUGAUUCGUCCCGGUCGUAUUGAUCGCAAAAUUGAAUUCCCUCUACCGGAUGAAAAAACAAAGCGUCGUAUUUUCAAUAUCCAUACUGCGCGUAUGACGUUGGCCGAUGAUGUCAACCUGUCCGAGUUGAUCAUGGCGAAGGAUGACCUUUCCGGGGCUGACAUCAAAGCAAUUUGCACUGAAGCGGGUUUGAUGGCCCUGCGUGAACGCCGUAUGAAGGUCACAAACGAGGACUUUAAAAAGUCGAAGGAAAGCGUCCUUUAUCGCAAGAAAGAAGGAACUCCGGAAGGUUUGUAUCUCUAGAUUGAAUAUUUUGUAUGCAUUAGCCGUAUAAUGUUCGAGUUUGCUCUUGUGUAAUCGGAUAAAUUAAAUAAACACAAUAUGAAUAAAAAUGA